AUGCCUCGUGGACUGGCACCGCCUCCUUACCUUCGAACCCAACCCCCUCCCCCUUCCACUCCCUUCCUGCCUUUUCCCCUAGUCCCUCACUCCUUCAGUGCCUCCUCCUUGGCCCCAGGUCCUCCUGGUGUUUAUAUACAAACAUUUCAUCGUGCUUCUGCCACCCCUCCCCGACCACCACCACAAUCCUCACCACCUCCUCCUCCUCCUCCACCUCCUCCGCCUCCUCUUCCUCCUCCUCCUCCUCCCAGGACGGUCCAACAGGUGGUUUUGAUCACGACUCUCAUCAAAUCUAAUGUCCGGUGUCCGUCCCAAAUUAUUCCCGACCGACGCCUACUUACACUUUGUACAUUAGGUGACUCAGUGUUGGGAAAUCGGACAGGGUCUGGCAUUAGAGAAGUCCAGACUUGGAUUGACGCCCAAGUGGCUAAAUCUCAACAGAAUCAAGCCACCAAGGAGGAGAGAAAGAGAACAGAGAAAGAAGCCAGGGAGGAGAAGGAGAGAGCUCGCCAUGAAAAUGCCUUGGCACUCGCCCAACAUAGGGCCGAGAACCCUACUCCCACUACACCCUAUAGUCCAAGUCAGCUAGCAUGA